CAUAGCUGAUCAAAUGCGUGAGCAAAUUCUAACGUAUAUUGCGUGAAUCAUUUGCGACAAUAUACCCUAAGAUUUGAAAUUACGAGGCAAAUCUAUCGAAGCAGGUAGCCGACUAUCGAACAGCCACCACAUCGAAGCAAUAGUAUCACUUGCCUUGGCGCCUAAACGUGGUCAUACUUUUAUGACAGAAUUAUCUCUUACAACAAAUAUUUUAAAUUCAGUUUCAAAUAAAUAUGGACGAAGUUCAUUUAAAGCGGCAGUUGGCAUUGAAAUAUCCCGGAUUAUAUUUUGAGCGAAGCAAAAACAACGCCGUUGUUCUCAGAGGAGUUGUUUACAUGAAUGCUAAAUGGAUACGUUUAAAACUCUAUUUACCACAUUUUCCAGAACUGUGUGACUUUCGAUUGUGCGUACAGGAGCACUUGGAAUAUAAACGGUACAGCACUGAAAAUACGCAGAUCCAAGCGAAUUGGCAACUUGAAGAUCUUCUAUUGCAUAUUAUUCAGCUGUUACCCGAAGAACCGAUGCCCGAUGUUUAUUCAAGUCAACAGAAAAGUAAUAUAUAUACGGAGAUUCUGGAGUUGCACAAACCGCAAGACUAUCGCCUGCAAUUGAAUGACAGAUGCACGCGGAUUCGCUUCUGUGGUUUUGCCGAGCAUGAGGCACAUUACCUGGAACUGAAGCUGCCGUCAUUGCAAUUGAUAGCUCACAGUCUGCCCGACUGCAUUCAACUAGAAGAUAUAUUAGAAAAUAGCUCCCACUCGCUCACCAGCAUCUUACAUCUAUAUCUCAAACUGUUGGAGGAAUUACGCCCGUUCUAUGAGAGUUUCUCUAGUAUUGAUGAGCUGUGCGAUGUGCUGCAGCCCUGUCCAAUUACCACUAAGCAUAACACACGCGUCUUUCCACUUAAAGAUCGUGUAUAUCUCAAGCUAACCAUAGCCGAUCCCUUUGCCAGCUAUGCAUCCAUGACCGUACAGAUAAUAGGACCCACCGAGGAGGUUGCACAUCUACGACAUGUGUUGAGCGAAGGACUCGCAAAUUGGGAUAUUGAGCUGGACAUGCACAAGAAUCUCUUACAUAUAUUCGAUUUGUGUUACUUUCCAAUGCCGGCAGAGAUGCAGUUGAAGAAAAAUGAGGACGAAGAGCAGCGAUGCAAUAUAUGUUUCGACUAUCGCCUAGACAACGGCGAGGUGCCUCUUGUCUCCUGUGAUAAUUCCAGAUGUGUGCUUAAAUGUCAUGCAGCUUGUCUAAAGGAAUGGUUCGAUACGCUGGUCGAAGGUAAAACUUUUCUGGAAGUAUCUUUUGGCCUGUGUCCGUUUUGCAAAGCGAAGCUGUCCACUUCCUUUGCAGUGCUGCUAAAGAACUAAAUAAAAUCCAUUGUACAGGAAUUGCCAUAUGUAUUGGGAUUUU